AUGGAGAUAGAGAUGAACAUGGAGUUAGAGAUUAACAUGGAGAUGGCGAUUGAGAUGGAGAUUGAGAUGGAGUUGGAGAUGGAGAUUGAGAUAAACAUGGAGAUGGAGAUUAAUAUGGAGUUAGAAAUGAAGAUAAGCAUGUUGAUGAACAUUGAGUUAGAGAUGGAGAUGAACAUGGAGAUGAAAUGGAGAAUAACUGACCCAUCGCCCAUCACCCAUAUUUUAUCACCUAUCACCUAUCUCCCAUCACCCAUCACCCAUCACCCAUCACUCAUCACCCAUCACCCAUCACUCAUCACCCAUCACCUAUCACCCAUCACCAUCACCUAUCACCCAUCACUCAUCACCCAUCACCCAUCGCCCAUCACCCAUAUUUUAUCACCUAUCACCUAUCUCCCAUCACCCAUCACCCAUCACCCAUCACUCAUAACCCAUCACCUAUCACCCAUCACCAUCACCUAUCACCCAUCACCCAUCACCCAUCACCCAUCACCCAUCACUCAUCACCUAUCACCCAUCACCUAUCACCCAUCACCAUCACCUAUCACCCAUCACCUAUCACCCAUCACCAUCACCAUCACCUAUCACCCAUCACCCAUCACCUAUCACCCAUCACCCAUCACCAUCACCUAUCACCCAUCACUCAUCACCCAUCACCUAUCACCCAUCACCAUCACCUAUCACCCAUCACCCAUCACCCAUCACCCAUCACCCAUCACCCAUCACCCAUCACCCAUCACCCAUCACCCAUCACUUAAAAGGAGAUGA